AUGAAUAUAACGUAUGUUGGCGGUACGUCGCACCUCCCGCCCCCAUCGAACACAGGAAAACUCACUACGGAGAGAACAGGGCUCACAUCGAAGACACCAGAGCCCAUUUUGAGGACGGCAGAGCCCAUUUCGCGCAUGGAAGAGGUCAGUUUGACUCAAGGACACCCCGCGUUGAGGCAGCGGACGUUCGUCACGAGGCCGGGUGGUGGCACGGCGGAAGUCAGACAACAGAGGCAGGCCACGAAGAGUUCCGGGGAUAUCCCAGUGUUCGACCGGAACAAGGUCAGCCUGGAUCUACCGGGGAGCCUGUUUGGGCCUUCCGUCUCACUCCUCAUCAACACCACUAAGACCAUUGGGAGCGUAAUACAGAACUCAGCGGUUCGCUAUCAGACUUUUCUACGCCUGUUUCGACCGCUGUUUCGCGGGCCAUUCGAAAUCAAAGGCCUUGAUCCCCCCGCACCCACCACCACCACUACAACUCUUCCGCCACAACGGGACAACGAGGUGCGUCGGUGA